AUGCUGGUUUUGAUUUUGCUGAAUUUCAUGCUGCACAUAUGUACUUUAUGGAACAAUUCUUCAAUACAACCUCCAAUACGAGAACUAAUAAAUGUGGCGGUUCAAUUGAAAAACAAGGCAAGAUCUGUCUUGAAAAUUAUUGAUUCCUUUAUCCAAGCAAUUGGUGCUUUUAAACUCGCCUUAAGGCAGUCUCCGUAUGCUACUUCUGAAGGUGCUAAAGACAGGAGCGCCGAGAUCAAUCCAAUUGUCACUACUGGUUACAUGCUGAGCAAAAUGGAGAGAAGAGCAAGGCAAGGCAAACGAUUAGCAUAUCUCUCAAUGACCGAACCACGUGUUGACGGUGAUAAAAAUGCAGAUGUUGUUGGAACUAAGACCUAUUUUUCUUGGCUUACACUUAUAUGGAAUGGUACAAUUACCAAAGCAGGUGAAUGCUUCAGUGGAAAUAGACAUGAAACCCUCCAAAAAAUUGUUAAUGGAGAUGACCGUACUCUGAUUGGUAUCAGUAGAUACUUCACUUCUAACCCUGAUUUGGUGAACAGACUUAAAAACAGUUGCCCAGUGACCCCCUGCGAUAGAUCAACAUUCUUCACUAACGACAACAAACGCCAUUUAAAUUUUAGCAAAUUUGGUGAUGGAGAAGAUCACUCUGGAGAUUACGUCCAACCAACGGCAUUGGUUUGA